AUGAGGGACGAACGCACACAUCCACUCCUGGCACAGGUGCCCUUGACCGUCUCGCCUUUCGUCUCACUACCCACCGCCACCACCCUGCCAUACACUUACCGGACCAUGCCGUCGACAUUACCAGUCCCUGUGACCGGCAUCACCGGCGCAUCCUCAUCGUCACCAUCAGGCGGCGUAGGAGGCACGAACAAGCCAAAAUACAUAGUCUCCCCGACGGGCGGCCACGCCGCGCACCCGGACGACAUCAUCUCCUCGUGCAACAACCUCAAGGCACACCUCACCAAGCUCAAGGAGGACGCAGACCGCGAGCUGCGGGAGCUCGAGACGCGCAUCCGCGACGCCGAGCUGGCGGAGAAGCGCCGCGUGGCUCCCGGCUGGCUCGACAGCGAGACGCACCUGCUGCAGCCGGAGAAGUCGCAGGCCCAGGCCGCCGAGGCAGAGGGCGUGCCUAUGAUGUCUUCUGCUGCUGGUGGCGGAGGUAGCGCAGGUGUCUUCUUUGGGACGUCUUCGUCCGCGGAUGUCUCUGGGCAGUUUGCAGAGAUGAGCCUUGCUGAGCGGCAAGGCGCGAGCGAGCUCGACCAGGGUGCGGAGCUGGAUCGCGCUUUCGCAGGCAAGUGA